CCGGUGAGGGGCACGCGGCCGCCCCGCCAUGUCAGUCCGCCGCGCCCUGGCGCUCGCCGCCUGCGGGCUGGCGGGCGGCUCCGUCCUGCUCUCCGCCGUCGUCGUGGGCAAGCAGCCGGCCCGCGGCGGUGGCGAUAGCGAGCCGCCCGGGGGCUCCGCCGUGCCCUCCGCCGCGCCGCCCGGCUUGCUGCUGCUGCCGCCCGCCGCCUCCUGCCCGCCGGCCGCCGGCUGGAUCGAGAGACCCGCCGGCAGCGGCAGCUACUGGGACAGCAACUGGGACAGACGUGAACCACUGGCUCUUAUCAACCUCAAAAAGAAAAAUGAAGAAACGGGGGAAGAAGAGCUCGCCUCUCGCUUGGAUCACUGCAAAGCAAAAGCCACCAGGCACAUAUUCCUGAUCAGGCACUCCCAGUACCACCUGGAUGGCCGGGCUGAUAAAGACAGGACUCUGACCCCACUGGGUCGAGAGCAGGCUGAACUGACUGGACGCAGGCUGGCAAGCUUGGGAUUAAAAUUUGAUCAGAUUAUCCACUCCUCCAUGACUAGAGCAACUGAAACAACUGAAAUUAUAAGCAAACAUCUCCCAGGAGUCAAAAAAAUCAGUACUGAUCUGCUGAGAGAGGGAGCACCUAUAGAACCAGACCCUCCAGUCUCCCACUGGAAACCAGAAGCUGUGCAGUAUUACGAAGAUGGAGCUCGCAUCGAGGCUGCGUUUCGCAACUUCAUCCACCGAGCUGACGCCAAGCAGGAGGAGGACAGCUACGAGAUCUUCGUGUGCCACGCCAACGUCAUCCGCUACAUCGUCUGCAGAGCACUGCAGUUCCCCCCAGAAGGUUGGCUGCGACUGUCUCUCAACAACGGCAGCAUCACUCACUUGGUGAUCCGUCCCAACGGCAGAGUGGCCCUUCGCACGCUGGGUGACACAGGUUUCAUGCCUCCAGACAAAAUCACACGCACCUGAGUGAGCCAGAUGGAUGGAAGGCUGUCCAGGAGCUGCCUCUAGUCUCUUUGCACUAGCACAUUCUGCUACAGUACCACUAGAUUUUUAUUACGUUGGGGUGUGAUGCUGUCUUAAAAUGUCCUUUAGCCCCAUUCCUCCUUCAUAUUCAUCUGCCUUUCAGUCCAGAAAAGAAGAAACCUUUGUAAGCCUGAACAUGUCCAGUCCUUAAGUAUUCCCCAAAACUCAAAGCUGAGCUGUGGAAUACAGGUUGAAUGUCUGCUCAGCAGUUGUAAGAGCACUGACUUUUCCCUCACCCCGCUGUGAAUUUCUCUAACCAAAGCUUGCUGCUGUGGGUAUUUUUCUUGUGCAGGAAAGCGAUUGGUGUGAACAGCCUUGUAUCACACUGCAGCUAAAAGAAAAGAUGAGCCAGCUUGUUCCAGCUCCUCCAGAAGUGACAAACAGGGAAUUCUGCUGUCCAAAGGACAAAGGGAUAAAGCUUCAGUUUUUGUAAGCUGUUGAGUGUGUAUGUUGAUGUUGUGUUAUUGUUCCCCUCUGCCCCCAAAAAGCCCAUGUAAACUGUGCCUGGAGGUUAUGAGCAUGAAGGAAAGAGGGUAAAAAAACAUUUGCCUCAGAGCUGUGGUGCUAGAACUAACUGCUGCUUAUAUUAAGUGUUCCACCAUCCUCAGGAUGUCCUUUAAGAUGUUUAAAGAAUAUUUUUCAGGCUUGUAAAGCCUUUAACCAAAACAUGGUCUGGAGAAGUCUGUAGGGAUGGGACUGUAGCAGUAAGAUGGGAGGAAAGGAAAGCAGCAACCUUCUCGAAGUGCUUUCAGUUACUGAUAUAUUUUUGAGUGCUCUUUCCACUGAUUUGUAUUUGUUGAUACCUUACUUUCAGAGUAGAGCAGUACCACCACUGAGUUCAGGGUAGUGAUGCUGCAGGUCAGAGGUGCUGCAGCACUGCAGCAAACUGCUGUUGCCAGAAUGGUGAGCAGGUGGCCAUGGGGUGGCUUGUCUAGGGCGAGUGUAUAGGACAGGCAUUGGGCAGAAUGCUUCAAGGGUCCCCUUCAUACAGCUCUGAUGCUGCUGGGCCUGUGGGAGGGGAGGGCUCAGAAGCAUUCUGAAGCUUGCUGGCUACCCUGAGCUGAUGUAGAAACUUGGCUCAGUUUAUAGUAGAUCAGCAGACAUAACUAACUUGUUUGACAGAUUCUCUGAUCAAUAAGGAUGUUGAUGAUGCUGAACUUAAUCCUGUCAGAGCUGUACGAAGCAUAAUCAGGACACACAGCCUAUGGAGAAGAGGAUUUAAGGGCUUGAUACUGAACUGCUGCUACAUCAGGAUAAGUUCAAGGAACAGAGUAGGGAACAAACUGAUUAUUGUGUAGUAUAAGGUGUGGGGGGCAAGAGGAAACCAUCAUGACAUGUCUCUCCUUGAUGGAAUGAGAAUAAUUUAUCAGUUUUUGUCUAUUAACUUUUUUAAAGUUUUGAAUAAAAUACUUGGUCUGUCUGUCUUUCCUGUCUCUUCAGCUGAAUGGCUGCAUGGGCAGCUGUAGCAGGUGUGGCUGGAGCUCUGCAGGGACUGCUGGUGCAGGACCUGGUGUGUCCCACACUGCUCAGGGCAACAGCUCUUUCACCAACCACCUGAAAUGUAAACUGGAUGUGGGAGCCAGAGCAGUUAAUUGUCAUCAGCCACAGAGCUGCCCAGGAGGGGACCUGCUGUAGCCUGAGCACAGCCAUUUGCAGGACUCUGUCACCACCACAAGGAACCAGCUCCUGUGAGAUGAAAAUUCUGUGAUUUUUAGUGUUGUGUGGGUGCACAUGUACCCUCUCACACACAUCCCCUUCUACAGCCCCUGUGUCAGUGAAUGAGCUCUUGGUGGGCAACCAGAGGACACAACACCUCUUUGCACAGCUACAGAAAUUAACAACAGUUUUGGUGACACUCAAGGUGGGGGUGGAAAGUGUGAAAUUUAAAAUUAUGUCUUUUUUACCAUAGGCUGAGUUCAUGUCUCUUCAACACUGUCAGACUCUUAAGUCUUUGGUGGUGUAGUCCAUUGUCACUGUGCACACACACAAAAGCUGCAGGUACUGUACAAGCAAGGCCUGGACAAGCCAGUGAGUUGCCCUGUCAUGCCCAGCUCCUCCUCCCCACAUCCCAUAUUCAACACAGCUAUUCAUUUCAGCUAUUUAUUUGAUUUUAAUAGAAAGUGGGAUACUUCUGUAUUUUUAACAUGACACUUUGCUAAUUAAAAAACAACCAACAAAAACACAGCUCUU